AUGAAACUGCCACUGAGUCAACCUCACUUCUGUUCAUUCCUACUGCUGGUGGUUUCAAACUUUCUCCUUUGGGAGAAAGCUGCAUCAGUUCCCGCAUGUCUCAAAGAUCCACACUGCAUGGAACCCCUUGUAGCAACAUUUAACAAUGCCCUUGAGCGAGUUGUAACCAUUAUUAAUCUUACUGAGCAAAUGCAUCAAGAGUUUAGUUCACAACUGAUUAGGCAGGAUCACCUUGGUCCCCAAGCCAGGACUUAUUGCCACUCUACUGUCACAAACCCCCCAAAUAUUGGCCCUCAACACGCACAUAUCCCAAACAAAUCAUAUUUAAAAAUGUUGAUCAAUUUUGUGGGUGCCUGGAUCAGCCCUCUAAACCAUCUAGUGCUUGAACUGAGAGCCAUGCAAAAUGUCCCUGAAACUAUCAUCUCAAAAGCCUAUGAUAUUGAAAAGAAAAACAGACUACUCCUGGAUGACCUUAAAUGGAUAUUUACUAAGGUCUACCCUAAUGAAAAGUUGGAAGAAAUGUUUCCCAGAUGGCAAUAUAUUUUUUCCAUAGAAUCAAACGACAAAGAAUAUCAAUUGUUGGCAAUAUAUAACCUUUCCCACUGCUUAAGCAUGGAUAUAUUCUACACUGAAUUUCAUCUCAAAACAUUGAGGUGUCGCAUAACUAAGGAAGGUUGUUGCUAA